AUGUUUCGAUUGUGUAGAAGGUUGACGUUCGUUUUGAUCGCUUGCGUGCAAUUGCAAGUUGUGCAAAAUGAAAAAAUCGUGAAAUUACUUGCAAUCACAUGUGAGUGUGUGCAACCAAAGACUUUAAAUAUAACAGUUUGCACUUUGAAGCAAAUGCCACAUGACAUGGCGGAAGUAUCCGUGGCGGUAACACUCUUACAAAGACCUAUAAAUAAUGCGUCGCUCUCAGCGCUAUUGAUCAAACGUGGUUACGAGGAUCGCGCACCCAUGGUGGACUACACGAUUGAUGGUUGUGCCUUCUUUCGUAAAAAACAUCGUAAUUUUCUAGCGACUUUCGCCUAUAAAGCUAUGGGUCUGGACAAGUAUAGCAAUUUGAAUCACAGCUGCCCUUACGAUCACGAUAUACUAGUUGAUCGCUAUGCUUUCAAUGGUAGAGCAAUCGGAAAAAUAAUUCCAUUUGGCAAUGGUGAAUUUACUUUCGUCACCAAAUGGCUCGCUUAUAAUGAUUUAAAGGCUAUUGUUAAAAUACGAUUUAUCGUUUUCGAUAGAUAAUUGUUGU